ACCUCCGAGGAGAAGAGGAGAGUGUUAUCUUAAUCACGCCCAAUCCUCCUUUAUCGUUGAUAUGGAUACCGACGAGAUCCUGGAAGAAAUAGGAAGUUAUGGACUCUUUCAAAAGCGAAAUUCUUUACUUCUUGGCCUUAUAAUUUUCGUACUGACCUUCCAAACGGUUUCUAUGGUGUUUAUCGGGGGUGAGCCAAGAUGGCGGUGCAAAGGAAACAGCUCUAUAUGUACACGAAACGAGACGUUCAGUUCAUACGACGGCUUUUACAAAGCCAGAUGCAAUAUGAGUUCUGACGACUGGGAAUUUACCACCGAGUUCACAUCUAUCAUCACUGAGUGGAACCUUAUUUGUGGCGCAGAAUAUUAUGCAAGCCUGUCACAAUCUAUACUGUUCAUUGGGUGGAUUCCAGGAGCAUUUAUUAUUGGAAGACUGUCAGACAAGUUUGGUAGAAAACAAGUUCUUUUCCCUGCUGUUUUUUUUGUUGCUGUGUCUUCACUAGCAAGCUCCUUUGUUCCUGUGCUAUGGCUGUUUUUGACUCUAAGAGGAAUAACAGGGUUCUUUCAAGGAGGUGUUUAUAUAACCCUUUAUGUGCUUACAACAGAGUUUGUUGGACCAAAACACCGAAGUUUAGCUGGGACAGUGGUUUGGAUUUUCUAUACUUCUUCACUUAUGAUCCUGAGCGGAUUGGCAUAUGGAAUACGUGAAUGGAGAACUUUGUCAAUUGUUAUAUCUGCCCCAGCAUUUUUACUUUUGAUAUUUUGGAGGUGGGUACCUGAAUCAUGUCGAUGGCUGAUAGUUCACAGCCGAGUAGGUGAGGCAAGGAAGGUGUUUUCAUUGAUUGCUACCAUAAAUAAAAAACAGCUUCCCACUGAGAAACUUGCACUUGCAGAGAAUAAUCACAAUGCUGUAGAAGAAGGUGGAUUUUUGGAUUUGGUUCAUACCAGGAUCCAGCUUAUACAGACUGUUAUUCUUUGGUUUGCGUGGUUUACUAAUUCCAUGGUUUACUAUGGAGUACUUUUGAGUGUUGGAGUGCUAGGUGGAAACCUUUAUUUGAAUUUUUUCCUCACAAGUGCUAUUGAUAUUCCCAGCAACUUUUUCGUUAUUUGGUUCAUGAGUUGGGAAAAAGGAAUUUUGUGUAAAAGUUUUUAUGGUAGAAAGAGAGCUUUAAUCCUUUGUAUGAACCUGGCAGCAGUGUUCUGUAUCACUGUUUCUCUAAUUCCUCCAGAAUCUGAUUCAGGUAGCACAGCUGCACGUGUCAUUUUCACAGUCCUUGGAAAGUUCUGCAUCAAUGCGUCAUUCAGCACAAUUUACGUUUUCUCCUCAGAGCUCCUUCCCACAGUCAUCAGGAAUUUAGGAAUGGGAAGUAUGGCUGCAUUUGAUCAGGCUGGUGCUAGCAUUGCUCCAUUUGUGGUUUUACUGGACAAAACUCACCCCGUGAUCCCAUUUGCUGUGAUGAGUGGCUUUGCUUGUGCCUCUGGGUGCUUGUGUGGUCUUCUUCCGGAGACCCUUGGACGGCGGACCUUGGAGACAUUAGAAGACAUAUCCCAUGCAUCUCCUUUACACGACGAACUGCGUGACAGCGAUCAGAGUGAAGAGCAUCUAACUUCGUCGGUGUAAACCUUCCGUGUCUGGAACACAAUGACUUUGCCUCCUGCUGUGACUUAAUCAUUCAAUGUAAAAAGAUUGCAAAAGAAGCUCAUACUGAAUUGUUCAGCAGGGCUUACAUUGAAGAAAUGUAAAAUAGUUUCCGUGUUUACAUAGCCUGAUGUAAACACGCGGGAGGUUGGGAGAACACGAGAUAAGCGUAGGAAACCAUGACGCGAAGCGGAGUGGUUUCCAGCUUAUCGAGUGUUCUCCCAACCUCCCAAGUGUUUACAUCAGGCUAUGUAAACACGGAAACCAUUUUACAUUUCUUUUAUAAAAUAACUAAUGAAAGAGGAACGAAAUAUUCUGCAAAACUUGUAUACGCUUGUUUACAUACGCUCAUGUAAAAUGGUUUUAUGGCCAAUCAGAGCGCGCGUACUAUUUGAAUUAUUUUAUAAAGCGUUUUUUUAAAUCAUGACCUUGAAAAUGGCCAUUCUUUAAGAGCAUCUAUUCACGAGAAGAAAGCAUUAAA